CACAGAACCCCCGCCCCCAGUGGUCCUGGUGCCACCCCUCUUUGACUUUCCCCCCCUUGCCGCUCGCACCAGGAGUAUGUCAGUUUAAGAUGGCUGAUGUGACACUAAUGUGGCAAUGCUGAUGAAGUAAAGUGGGUGUUGUUGGGAGUGGUCUUAGCAGCCCGCUAUGAAGAGUGUUCACUCAUAUUAGGAAACAUGACGAUAUUUACGAAGUCCUCGUCCGAAAGCUAUCCUCCUGAUCACAAGGCUACCUCUUGGGGUUAUUAGAUUCUUGAUUAUUAACUGAGUCCAAUGUGGAUGUUGUGAUGCAGGAUGUUAGAGUCGUCAUAUAACAUUUUGUUCAGGAAGCUUGCUUUGAGAUGCCUUUUUGAUGAUCACUUUGAAGAUGGCCGGCAUUUUACUACUAAACUUUUGCUUAAGCCUACUGAUGAUCCUCAUGUCGAUCUAAUGGCUACUAUUUCAGGUCCUCUUGACCCAAAGGCCGAGGAGACAAUUAUCGGCAAUGCAGUAUUUCGCUGGCAAAGUGAUGUUGAUGAUCCUCACACCUUUGGUGACCUAUGUGUAUCUACUUCUGAUCCGAUCUUACUCAUGAGGGCGUGUGCAUACUUUCCAGAAUAUGGAAUCGGAGCAUUUGGUAUAUUACCUGUGCUUCAGAAGAAGAGAGUAUCUUUGGAAGAUUAUGGGGUGAUUGGUUUGAGAUAUGGGUCAUCAAAUUUGUCAGUUGGAGCCACACUUAUGCCCUAUUCAUUGGGAGAUGAAUUUUCCAAAUCUGCAUGGUUGGUGAGCAAGAUAGGAAGGUUAACUGCUGGAGUGCAAUACGAUCCUAAAUUUGAAACAAAGGAAAGUGCCAGAUAUCAGAAUCUGAAGAAUUGGAAUUAUGCAAUAGGCUAUGGACUUGGAACUGGCAGCCCAUUGAGCCCGUCAUUCAAUUUCAGUCUUGAACUUGCACAGAAUUCCCAGUUCAUAGCUUCAUUCUAUCAGCAUGUGGUUGUCCAAAGACGGGUGAAGAAUCCACUUGAAGAGAAUGAAGUAGUUGGAAUUACUAAUUAUAUAGACUUCGGAUUCGAAUUGCAAACAAGAAUCGAUGAUCAAAAGGCAUCAAACAACAUUCAAGAUUCGACCUUUCAGGUUGCUGCAUCUUGGCAAGCCAAUAAGAACAUCAUGCUCAAGGCAAAAGCAGGGCCUCUUGGCUCAUCAUUGUGUUUAGCUUUCAAGUCAUGGUGGAAACCUUCUUUCACUUUUAGCAUGUCAGCUGUAAGAGAUAGAACGGUUGGAAAGACAUCAUACGGGCUUGGUCUUUGCAUUGACAACGUUAGAGAAGCAAGUUAUCAAAGGGCGGAUCCAAAUUUCGUAAUGCUAACACCAAACAAGGAGCAUUUAGCAGAAGGCAUUCAAUGGAAAACUGGGUCAAGGCCGAUGUUGCAAGCCAAUGUGGAUUCCGGCAACUUUGAUGGUGUCCCCAGAGAACUCAGACCCUUGGGUAGAAUUUUAUGAUCAUCUUCUUCUACUUAAUUAGGAGCUUUUACUUUAGGGAAGAAUAGAAGAUGAUGCUCUCAAAGGAAGUGUAGUUGUUUUGUAACGGUUUAUUUUGUCUCUGAUUGUGUUGAUACUUAGGAGUGACAAUGGUUGCACAUUUAUAAAAGAUGAGCAGCACUUUGGGAAUAUGAUGGUUUUCAUGAUUACAAGGAAAAUAGGGAUCGAUUGCCUUAA